AUGUUCCAUCUUCAAACCACCCCCAAUUUUUCUUUUUUCUUUUUUGGCUCUGUCCUUGAAGGUAUUUGGAAACAUUACUGGAGUUUUAUUUUUGAUUCCACACCUUUUAUCCCGAAUCUGGUUGUCUGUACUAUCAUUGGUAUCGCGCACACCUAUAUCAACCAGCACAACGUGACUCUCAUUAUGACGUGUGACUU